GGACAGGACGUGGUCAUGGCGACAGGAUAAACAGAUGAUAACAAGCCCUCAGCGCUGCAGAGCUCAUUUGAAUGCUGCGACCGCUGCUGAGGGCCAGAAGAGGGAGAGGAGAGACGGAGGUGAAGCAGACUGAGGAGUACAGAGGACGCACAGAUAUUUUCCCAUCAUGGCGGAGAGCGCAGACAUGGAGCAGCUCCUGGUGUCUUUCAAGAAGUUCGCCAUCCAUGGAGACACAAAGGCCACGGGGAAGGAGCUGAACGGGAAGAACUGGGCCAAACUGUGCAAAGACUGCAAGAUCAUCGACGGCAAGGGUGUCACCGGCACCGACGUGGACAUCGUCUUCUCCAAAGUCAAACAGAAGACGUCUCGCGUCAUCACCUACGAGGAGUUCAGAAGAGCUCUGGAGGAUUUGGCUCCGAAGAGAUUUAAAGGUCAAAGUAAAGAGGAGGCGGUGGAGUCCAUCUUCAAACUGGUUGAAGGAAAAGAGCCCAACAACGUUGGAGUGACGAAAGUGGCAAAGAAGGGGGCUGUGGACCGUCUCACGGACGCGUCCAAAUACACUGGAUCACACAAGGAGCGCUUCGACGAGACCGGCAAGGGAAAAGGUCGCGAGGGGCGCGAGGAGCUGGUGGAGAACACGGGCUACGUGGGUUCAUACAAGAACGCCGGGACAUACGACACAAAGGUGAAGGCUGAGAAAUAAGGAGGCAGGAAGAACAGCGACAGCACUUAGUCUGGACCAAACCUUGAACUUUGAUCUCUCUGUGUAUGAAUAUCUGUGUGUGUGUGUGUGUGUGUGUGUGUGUGUGUGUGUGUGUGUGUGUGUGUGUGUGUGUGUGUGUGUGUGUGUGUGUGGCUUGGACAGACUGACGGACUUUACGGUCUGUAAACUCGUAAACACGUGGAUGUGACAGACGUACUUCAGCUCCAUCAGGAGUGUGUGUGUCUGUGGGGGAGGGGGGCUCAUCCUCACAUGAAAUGCUCAGUUGAUAUUUUACUCAAAUCCAUCCCUCCAAAAUAUAUCCAGCUUUUCUGUGAUUGUUGUGGCCUAAAAUGCCGGAUGCUUUUUCCAAAACUUGUUCUGCACAUGGCAAUGUCUCAAGACCUUUUUGAGCAACACAUUAAAUCAUAAAUCAGUGUGGACAAACUCUCCUAUGAAGCCUUCUGUUGACUGAAUUACAGCUGCUUGUCUUCUGAUGUCACUUCAGGUUAACUUUUGGGUCAGAAAGCCGAAAUGAAAUUAAAGUUAUUUGUCAUGAAAUAUAUAUAUUUUUUGUAAACCACCGCAAAGCGACAGGUGUAUAACUCUCAAACUAUUUGAGAACAGUUGGAGAUGGAGGUUCAAUUCCCCAAUAACGAUUGUCUGUUCAGUGCUUAGCCUCAAAAAAUGUAAAGUGGGCGACCGGGGUUCAAAUCAGACUGUGCCUCCCUUCCCGCAUUUCUUCCCCCAAAUUCUCUCCCUGAUUUCGGACUCUACCCACUCUCCUGUCCGUCAAAUAAAGGCAUAAAAAGCCCCAAAAAUAAA